AUGCCGGGUGUACGAGACAUUAGUGCGGAAGCCUUCAUCUCAGCAUACGCAUCCCAUCUCAAGCGAGCAGGAAAGCUCGAGGUCCCCACCUGGGUCGACAUUGUUAAAACUGGCUCAUUCAAGGAGCUCGCACCAUAUGACCCUGACUGGUACUACGUCCGCGCAGCUGCAGUUGCGCGACACAUAUACCUCCGGAAAGAUGUCGGCAUCGGCGCUCUGACCAAACUUCACGGUGGCCGUAACCGACGAGGAAAUCGCCCCUCGCAUCACGCAGACUGCUCUGCGUCUGUGCAGCGCAAGAUCUGUCAGUCACUUGAGAAAAUUGGUGUCCUCGAGCAGUCAGACAACGGUGGUCGUCGGAUCAGCCAAGACGGACAGCGGGAUUUGGACCGUAUUGCAACAGCCGUCGUGGAGGCGGCCAAGGACGAGGAAGACGAAGAAGACGAGGAGGAGGAAGCUGAGGAGGAUGAGGAAUAA